GCGGCGGCGCCGAGAGGCUGGCGGCGGAAUAGCUCUGUGGUCGCCAGGCAACCGCCCUGACGCAAUGCAAAAGAACGUCCCUUCAAAAAAGAACCGUGCGGAGAAUUCGCUGUGUUCCGGAGCUCGGGAGGCGGGAGCCGAGAGCGCCUAGGGCAGGCGCGGGCUGGCUGCAAGGACCGCAACAGCUCCGGCGACGCGGCUGGGGCGCAAGAGGUAUGCAGAUAGAAGCAUUGAAUCCUGAGUGGAGAGGCAAUCAUUAGCACAGGACGCGGCAAACUGCGUGAAGGUCCUUGAGAGAAUACAGAUAAGCCUGCCUGCCCAGACCUACGACUCUUCCGCCACCUGAGAAAACUGUAGAGCCCACUGAGUGCCUUUUCCUUCCUCAUCUCAUCCACCCCGUGGCUCUGUGGCAGCUUCGUCUUCAGAGAAGGAGCCCAGACCUGACUAAGAGACAAGAAGGCUCACUUCCCCCUAAAAGAGGACAUUCCUAUCAUCUCCGACCUGCACACCUCCAGCCAGCAUAGAUAGAUCUCGGAGGAGGCUGCCUCAGAGAUUCCUGCUGAUGCUUGUCUGAUCCUGCCUUCUGUGAAGCAUGGCCCCCACAGGAUUAUGGGACAAAUCAUAGACCCUGAGCCACACCUGCUCAGAGAGGCACACUUUACAGCCUCGCUUGGCUCCCGGUGCUGCCAAGCCUUGAGACGCACUACCAUCCCAACAAUGCCUUCAGGAGACAGAGCCACCGCUCUAUGAGGUCUUUGCAGAGCAGGACUUGACCUUGCUACCCAGCAAGUCUCCCGAGUGGCCUCCACCACCUCCCAUGUCUGGCUACCAGGGCAGACUAGAGAAUGUCUGUGCCCCGGAUCCAAGUGGAAGAAGUGGGUGAGAAAGACAGGCCAGCAGGGGCCACCGCACCUCCCGAUGACCACCUCCUCAGCCUGAAGGCCCUCACCGAGAAACUGAGGCUAGAGACCCGAAGACCCUCCUACCUGGAAUGGCAGGCCAGGCUAGAGGAGCAGACGUGGCCUUUCCCCAGGUCAGCUGCCCAGCAGGAGGCCCCCUUGGAGCAGGAAGCAUGUGGAGGUGGAGAACCUUCGAUACCUCUAAGGGAGUCCAGAGAGCUUCUUCCACCUGCCAGGAGUGCCAGCCAGGGCGACAGGCCACUGACCACGGGCAAGCUGGAAGGCUUCCGGAGUAUCGAUGAAGCUAUAACGUGGCUCAGAAAGGAACUGGCAGAGAUGCGGCUCCAGGACCAGCAGCUGGCCAGGCAGCUCAUGCGCCUCCGUGGAGAUAUCAACAAGCUGAAGAUUGAGCAGACCUGCCGCCUGCACAGGAGGAUGCUCAAUGAUGCUGCCUUUGAGCUGGAGGAGCGAGAUGAGCUGUCAGACCUCUUCUGUGACUCCCCUCUGGCAUCCUCGUUCAGCCUUUCCACACCACUCAAGCUCAUCGGCGUCACCAAGAUGAACAUCAACUCCAGAAGGUUCUCUCUCUGCUGAGAAGCCUUGGGAUGGAAGGGGGGGGGACCAGAGCUAAGGGUGAGAGAGAGGCAACUCAGACCAAGUUACCCAAAGUGGGUCUCCCUGAGGCCAUGCUGGGAAAUGGAAGGUCCCAGGACCGGGCGGUCGUGUGGCAGGGGCUUCAGCUUUGCAUACUUGGGUCUUCAUGUUCAAUACCCAAAGAGUCUGCAGGCACUAUGGAAAACAGGGUCUCAGCAGGAUCCCUGUGGCCUGUCCCCCUCAGUGGCCCACUUUCCUGUGUCCUAGACUCACUGGUGCUAUGAUGUUGGAUCCCAAAGGGGACCUUCCCACCCACAAAGCUUGUUCUUACAGAAAGCUCUGCUCUAGGGAAGCUGGGAAGAUUAGAUGUGCAAGGCACACUCAUCUCUCACAUAGUGUCAACACCCUCUUAGUCCUAGCUCUAAUUGCCCCAAAGGAGGUGACUCAUCAACCUGGGCAGGUGUGCUAGGACAAGAAAACCUAAAGGAAUAACACUGUGGCACAUGGGAAUGCAGGCUUCUCUUUGAUGGCAACCAGCAUCCCUGGGAAGGAGCUCUGCCCUGCUACUUGGACCUUCAGCCUUGAUGCUACAAGGCCAUGCUAUUUCCAGCUUGCUCCAUGACACAUGUACCUUGUAUAGCUUUGGUAGAGGAACCCAGAUGCCCUGCUGUCCGCCCCCCAGCUCCAGUUACAACCACUUCAGUUAUUUUGCUGCCACUCACAACCCCAGGAGAGCACCAACAGGCCACUGGUGACUAAACCAGGCAGAUAGGAAACAGAUUUCCCCCCAAGUGAAUCCUACUGCAGAAGGCAGGACAGAGGCCUUCCUGGUGGGACCUGAUGGUGUCACCACAUCACCUUAUCCUCAGCACCAAAGACCACAGGGAGUCCAGAAGCCCAUACUGAGCCUCUCUCAAGACCGUGCCUGACCUAAACAAUGACUUUUAAUUGACCACGACUGUUUGUUACCUAAUGCGUUGCUAACUCAUUAAUACCCGUCUGAUUCUUGUCCAUGUGGAGAACCAGUUGACUAAGCCAAGAAGAAUUUGGGGUUCAGUUUUGAGAGGUUUUUCCCUUAGCAGCAGGCUUGAGAUCAGCAGAAUGUUAAGCUGAUCGGUUCAGGAAAGACCUGGUACAGCAUAUUAGGCCACGUGUAAUCCUGUUAACACAAGUUUCUCAGACAUUGGGUGUGUCUAGUGAGGCCUGCUCAUUUGCAGAGAGGGCUAAAUGAAGCCAGGAAACAGAAUGGCUUCCCUCAAGUCACCUGGCUGUUUAGUGGCUAUAGAAUAUUAAGGUGAGAAAUUAUUAUGAGUCAGGUCUAGAGGGAUCUCCUGUCAAUGAACUUGAACUCCAAAAGAUGGCCUGAUGUUCUGCCAAACCCAUAAGUUGCCAACUUCUUUCUCCUUCCCUUUCAGGCUCCACCCAUUCUCCCCACUUUGCAAUUCAAAGCAUUGGGAGGGAGGAGCAUGAUGCCCAGAUGGUGGACCUUUGGCACUUACCAUCUGUCAUAGUCCCGUAGUCUAUACUGACUGUUCUCUGUAUAUAAUGUUUCUUCCUCCUGGUAAUCCCCAUGGGUUAUGUCCACACAUGCCACAACACACCCAGGGAGAGGCUGGAAUGGGAGCAUAUAACUGAAUGGUCGUGUAUGACCAAAGGGUCUCUUCCUAGUGAUUUCAAAGAGCCAGGCAGUUAGUGUUUCUUUUUGAAAAGGUAGAACAAGGUAGCCAAUAUUUCUUAAAAGCCCUGAAGUCCAGAGGCCUUGACCCCAGUCCCUUCCUUAGAGACUACACAAAACACUGCCAAGUCCCAAGAGGCCUCAUCACCUCUCAUCACCUCCAGCCUCCAGACACCCCGCUGGCUGACACUCUCACACCACGUCACAGAAAACACAGGAAAGAAGGCCCAUCCCAUGUCCUAAAAACAACGCCAAACUGGUUGCAAGGAAUUAAUCAUUAGCCAGUCAUGGGAGUGCAUGUCUUUAAUCCCAACACUCAGGAGCUGGAGGAGGAGGAUCAGAAGUUCAAGACUAGCCUGUGAUACACAGUAAGUUCUCCAGGCCAGCCUAGGCCCCAUGAGACCAUGUCUCAGAAACAUAACAAGGGAAAAGACACCACCAGCCAUUACAGAACCUAACACCCUUUGCUUAAAGCAAAGCGGAGGGAUCGAAUUGGAUGUGGACAGUAACCAAGUAUGUGACGGAGCAGUUUGUGCUCAGCUAACCCCACCAGCUUCUUCCUACUUCUGUUCUCUGAGGACACUGCGCCCCAGGCAUGGAUCUAAAUAGGUUAGAUGCCUCAGCUUAAGUUGUUCAUCUCAAGUUCAUCCCAAGUUCAUCCUAUUCGGGGAUGAAGAGGGAAGGUGGGGGGGGGUCACAAAAGUAGAGGGGAGCCAUUUUGUGUUCUUAUGUGCAGCUAGUAUCUGUUAGCUCCCUGUCUCUCAUGGCGAGCACAAACCAUGAAUUGCUCAUUCUGCUUGUAGGAUCCAUGCAGAGAUGUCUGUAGGUCAGUGGUGACAUUAGCAGCCUUCCACAGCCACUUUCCUGGCUGACCGUAUGUACACAGUCCUGUGUGCUGUUUCAUCGUUAACCAUCUCCAUGUCCCCCAGAGUCUCUCCCCUGCCCCCCCCCCAUGAGACACGAAAUAUCCACUGUGCUGCCACAAGGUCAUGUCCAAUGCCUCUGUGGGCUCAGUAGCAAUCACAGAGCCUAGAGAGCCUGGGCAGGCCUGGCCAUGACCUGGCCUCAUCCAAGAUCUACCCCUGUAGCAAUACCAAGUGCUAUUACAUAAUCAAUGGACAAUUUACAAUUUUAUUUUUAUGAUUAUUUGUUUCUAUAUUACUGUUAGAAAAAAGUGAAAUAAAAAUAUUUCAAAAGAAGAUAUCCAAAUAGA